GUGAAGAAGGUAAACAAGAGAAGGAGAACAGACAUUUCAAGACGCUUUUCCAAGAUUUUUCUAUUUAUUUCUAAGAUGCUCGCAAUACGGAGAACUUUGUACGGUAUGAGGAAGUACAGUUCAACGAGUGGAAUUUAUGAUAUCAAGUCGGUUUUGAAGAAUCAGUCGGUCAAACAAAAAAUAAGUGUAAAUGGAUGGGUAAAAGGAAUAAGAAAGCAGAAAGAGCUAUCUUUUAUAGACAUUGAUGAUGGUUCAAGCAUUCAGAAACUUCAGAUUGUGGUACCAACAGAGAAGAUCCCUCCAGGAGUUGGGUACCACACCUCAGUCUCGGCCUUAGGUACUUUGCAAGCUUCUCAGCAUAAAGGACAAAGUGUAGAGCUCAUAACAGAAGUUAUAGAAUUAAUUGGUGGACCACAAAUAGAGAACUACCCUUUCAAAGCUAGGAAGAGGCAUCCCCAAGAUUAUGUUCGCCAGUUCUUACACUUGAGAGCAAGAACUAACACCUUUAGCUCUACGCUGCGAGUGAGAUCACAGGUAUGUAAGUUUAUGAAAUGGUUUCAUUUUAUCUAAUUUUCUUCCCAUCAGAUAACUGGAUAAAGAAUAACUCAUCACUGAAAAAUACUAAGCCAUAAAGGAUUUCACCUUUCCUUGAAUUGGUGUGAAAAACAUAUUUUUACUAGUGCUAUAAAUAUAGAUGGUGUUAUUUUUAUUAUAAACAUUAUAAUUACUAAAAUGUUAUAAACAUUUGUAACAGCAAAAUAAGAUAACAUUAGAUAUUUUUGUAAAUUGAUGAAAAGGGUGAACGGGCGAGACAGCCGGUACUUGUAACUGGCUCAUUGGUGAUUUAGUACAAGUGCAUCCAUCUAUGUGUAAAAACAAUUAAACAAGUAAACUCAUAAUUUGCAUGGCAUGUACGUAUAUGCCAUGCCCGUCGUCAAGGGGUUAAGAUUUGUUUAGAAGUGAGAGGUAAUGGCCAAAGUAAAAAAAUAAAUAAAAAGCAGUGCUCAUUUUUAUCAAAAUUUACUCUUUGGUAUCAUAUGAUAAAUAUAAUCAACAGUUGAAAUUAUUAUGACGAGUACUUUUGGCAGCAUGAACCACAGAUUUGAUACAGACACAUUUUAAGAAAAGAGUAAGAAGCCAUGAUACUGUCACAGGACUUCAUCAUCUCAAACUU